AUUUGUGUGACCGUGAAGAUCCCAGGCACUCAUCCCACUGCUGUUUCUCAGCAUUUAUUACCUUUAUCCUGGUUAAUGUUUGUAAAGUGCGUGGUGGCUAUGAAGUGCUAAGAAUUUAUGUUUAACAACAGAAUCGUGGUUGUCGUCAAGCCAAAUAAGGUGUGCUGAGAAAAUGAUCCACAGUCUGUUUCUUAUAAACUGUUCUGGUGAUAUAUUCUUGGAGAAGCACUGGAAGAGCGUUGUGAGCCAAUCUGUGUGUGAUUAUUUCUUUGAAGCUCAAGAGAAAGCAGCUGAUGUUGAGAAUGUGCCCCCUGUCAUCUCAACGCCCCACCACUACCUCAUCAGCAUCUACCGGGAAAAAAUCUUCUUUGUGUCUGUCAUACAGACAGAAGUGCCACCACUCUUUGUAAUUGAAUUCCUGCACCGAGUAGCAGAUACAUUCCAGGAUUAUUUUGGAGAGUGCUCUGAGACUGCAAUUAAGGACAAUAUGGUUAUUGUGUAUGAGCUUCUAGAAGAAAUGUUAGACAAUGGCUUUCCAUUGGCAACGGAAUCAAAUAUCUUAAAAGAGUUGAUUAAACCUCCCACGAUUCUGCGCUCUGUUGUCAAUUCCAUCACAGGCAGUAGCAAUAUGGGCGAAACACUUCCCACUGGACAGCUGUCCAACAUUCCUUGGCGCAGAGCAGUGGUAAAGUACACAAACAACGAAGCCUAUUUUGAUGUAAUUGAAGAAAUAGAUGCAAUUAUAGACAAAUCAGGUUCCACAGUCUUUGCAGAAAUUCAAGGUGUCAUUGAUUCCUGCAUUAAGUUGUCAGGAAUGCCUGAUCUUUCUCUUUCUUUCAUGAACCCGAGGCUUCUGGAUGACGUCAGUUUCCAUCCCUGUAUUCGGUUCAAGCGUUGGGAGUCUGAAAGAGUGCUCUCAUUUAUUCCUCCAGAUGGCAACUUCAGACUGAUAUCCUACCGUGUGAGCUCCCAAAACUUGGUAGCAAUUCCUGUGUAUGUGAAACACAUAAUCAGUUUUAAGGAGAACAGCUCUUCAGGGAGAUUCGAUGUUACAAUUGGACCUAAACAGAAUAUGGGGAAGACAGUGGAAGGAGUCAUUGUGACGGUUCAUAUGCCAAAAGCUGUACUAAACAUGAACCUUACUUCCACACAAGGCAGCUAUACAUUUGAUCCCGUCCUUAAAGUGUUAACUUGGGACAUUGGCAAAAUUACCCCUCAAAAGCUACCAAAUCUUAAGGGCAUAGUGAAUCUACAGUCUGGAGCCCCCAAGCCAGAGGAGAAUCCCAGCCUAAACGUUCAGUUUAAGAUACAACAACUAGCUAUUUCAGGAUUGAAAGUAAAUCGCCUUGACAUGUUUGGAGAGAAAUACAAGCCUUUUAAAGGUGUCAAGUACAUCACAAAAGCAGGAAAAUUCCAAGUCCGGACAUGAGAAGAUGCUCUAUUUGCCAGAGCAAGUAGUACUAUUUUUUUUCUUCAGAUUUUGAAAUUGCAACCGCUUAGUGACGUAUGUUGCUAUUAGGUACCAAUUGAGUAAUUAUGCACACUACUUUGGGAUCAAAGCAUUUCUAUUCACAGCAGCUAUUCAAAUUAAAGUGUAAUCUGUUUUUUCAUAAACAUGGCUUUAAACUAGGUUGAUUUUUUUUCCUAACAAUUUCACACUUUUAAUAAAUUCUGUUGAACAAGGAUUGUUUGAGGAUUGGGUGGUUCGCAGAAUGCCACUAACGCACUGCCAAAUAAGAUACCAAAGCCAGGAUUGCAGGUGGUGAAGCACACUGGCAAAGGCCAGGCAACCCAGCAGGACCCUCUUGUGAUGGCAGGUCUUACUGCUGCAGGGUGAGAGAAUACAACACUUUCACUGAGCCUGCCACAAGUUAACACUUCACGGUGCAGCAUGAUAUCACUUCAGAACUAGAAUGCAGCAGAGAGACCUGGUAGGCUUCCAGGGGAGCCUGGGACAUGUCAAAUUUGUCACUUGCCUUGAGAGCCUUUCUGAUGAACAGAAAAAUCUUUUGCUCUUGUUUACAAGAUACUGCCUUAGGAAGUGUUUGCCUUACUCAGCUUUCAUUUGUGCCACAAACAGAGGAGCUGAUAAAAUAACCUUCUGCAUCCAAACCUGGGAGUGAGUGUUGCUUCAGUACUCCAUUUUCUUUCCACUUUUCACCUUACUUUGUAUUUUUUUUUUUUACAAAUACAGUUGCAGAGAAGAUCUAUUUUUAUGUAAAGCCUCAGCUUUGAGUUAGAGGUACUUCCUCUUUGAAGCAAAUGCCACCAGACAUGUGUGCCAUGUGUACAUUGGAGUGUAGCUUUUUAGGUAGCACAAUAGAAAAUGUAUUUAAAGUUUGUAUGCUUUAUUGUAAUUAAAAUAAAAGGGAACUCUGCUGCACCUA